AACAUGGAGAUGUAGAGAACAACUUCUAAGACGUCAUAAUUAACAUCUGAUUGGUCGAUGUAUUGUUAGAGAAGUCCCAAAUAACAUCGGAGGAGGUGAGGCGGUCAAGCAAUCGAUAGAAAAAGGCAGGACCAGUUUCCCUUUGAUGUAACAUUGACCAGGAAGCUCGAAACCAUUCGAUAUCUCAAGGACACGGAGAUGGCAAAGAGGCUGUUCAGCGGCGGCGAAUUUCAGGGUGACCGAAGGUGGCCGCCUAAUUUAAGGAGAUGCUGUCAAGCUGUCAAUCCUGGAGACGGUGAAGGCACGAGUGCUGCUGAUCUAGUGGGCACCAACUGGCUGAAGGAGGGUGUUAAUGAAGACACGUUGUUGGAGAUACUAGCUAGGCUACCAAAUAGUCGAAAUGCGGUUCAUGCAGGGCUGGUUUGUCACCUUUGGCAUUCCGUCAUCUCUCACAAGCAGUUUAUUCCCAGGUUCAUUGGCCUCCGGGAGCAUAAGAAGAAAGAGCAGCCCUAUUCCAUCAUAUUCCGCAUAGUUGAUGACUAUUUGGAUGUUGGAGAUGAGUUUUAUCAGCCCAUCUGCAAACUCUUUUCGGAGGAAUCCGUGCUUCUCCACGGGGGAGAGGCGGUGACAUCAUGCAAAACUUAUCCUCCUUCAGGCAGCAGUGGCGGCAUCCAGCCUCCUUCACCCAACAUGGUCAUAAGAGCAUCUUGCGGUGACUUGCUGCUUUUGUCGCAAGGUGCACGCGACUAUAGGGAUAAGCCAAACUCCUACUAUCUAUGUAACCCAGUAACCAAACAGUGGUUCCAUCUCCCCCAUGUUUAUUUCAAUAUAAUGUUGGUUGGGUUUGCACUAGUACGCAUGCCGCCGCCCCAUAACAGCUGUGGCAGUUACGAAUACAAGGUGGCUUUCAUUCAUUUUCCCGAAGUUUCUGAAGAUGAGGAUUUGGCCGGGGACAGUUUGAAUUUUAGAAUGGCUAUUUAUUGUUCAAAAUCAAGAAAGUGGAGUCGUAAUUCAUGGUUUCGAUAUCCUAUACCUACUACCACUAGGAAACCUAGGUUUUUCAUUAACCCAAUCACUUGUAAUGGAACUAUUUAUUGGUUGAAUUGCAACAAGGUUCCUGACUACAUCAUUGCCUGUGAUUUGGCGAAUAACCCACACUCUACUACCUUUGUCAACCUUCCUGAAGACUCUAUGCCUGGUGGUACGGGUGUUGUUUCACUAGAGUUGGGCGCUGUCCUGGGGGAAUUGAGAUUAUUCAAUGUAUUCCGCCCGUCUUCGGUUGACCAGCAGCAGUCUUGGCAUCUCGUUGUUGUGAAAGUUUGGGAGUUGAAUCACAGAACCAAUUCGUGGACUCUUGUUCAUGACACACGCUUCAAUGAUAGGCCGCCGCUGCCUAAUGACGUCCAAGUAGAAGAAGAAAACGAGUUCAACAUCCGUACGGUUGCUUUCCAUCCACACGACGGGGAUGUGGUCUUCUUGGUAUGCAGCUGUGGUGUUUUCCGGUAUCACAUUUCAUUGGGUGUCUAUGAGCAAGUCAACGAGCUCCCCGCUUCCGUGCCUCCAAGCCAUCUUCUUACGUCCUUCACUCUCCUCCACUCUCAUUGGCCUGCCACCAUGUUGCUCUCUCGUUCAAAAUAGAAUAGUUAUUGUUAUUGCUAUAUUUGACUCGCUGUUAAUGUGUUAGCGCACACAUACUACGCAUAGUAUUGUGAAAGAGUGAUGAACAUUAUUGGUUUGGGAGUGUAAUCUUGACCAUGAGGGUUCUCAACAUUUCUCCUACAUUUUUCAGUUUUGUACCCUUUGUCCUUACACUUGAUUGUUCCCCACUUGAUAGUUCACUCCCGCUCCUUUUUUCUUGUUCUCAAUCUUUCAUUUGCUUUAGUUGUAACCAAUGUUGUAAAUAUCUCUAUCGGUAGUAUAUUUGAUACUUCAUUUUUUAAUAAUAUCACUUCAUAAUAUCACUAUCACAAAAAAAGUGUAUUAUGUAUUAAAUGUGUCGGAACUCGGAAGUAAAUGCCA